CAAGGGGAAGGAUUCUCACAAGGAUCAACUGAGCUUUUCAGCCCUUUUCAGGUUGGACAUAGAACCUAAAAGGAAGGAAGCCGUGUCUCCAGUUCUGCAGCAGCCGGUGGGGAAGCAGUGGGAAAUGUUUUACUAAGUGUAAUAAAGUUACAAAGUGACUUAUUAGAAGAGGCUCUGCUUUUAUACAGCAUGAAACAAUAAAUCUGUUCUGAUUUUGUUAUAAUUACUGUGAUCGCUGAGAGUUUCAAAGCAACAGCUGAAAGCUUCGUUAUGACUUUGUCCCCUUCACUGCCUUCAUACCCAUUUUGAUGUAUUUAUAUAAAUAUAUUUAGUGUUUUUGAUUAACCCUUCUUGCCCACAGUGAAACAUUGACUUGAGUUCACGCUGCUGGUUUCUUUUUUCCUCCCCUCACUGGACUUUAUUUGUACUGUACUCACACCGGCUCAGGUGAUUUCCGCAUGUGUGACUUUGGGAGGAGGGUGUUCAAAGUCCCGGGUUCAAAGUCAACAAACAGCCGCAGCCUUAAGAUGAAGGACCCUAUCGGCACCUGCUCUUAUAACCAACUCUAUCAAAACCUGAAACGCUUUUCAAAGACUGGGGAGAACUUCUGCAAAGAGCUCAUCACCGUUUUCCAGCAAAGAGCCGAGCUGGAACUAAACUAUGCUAAAGGGCUACAGAAGCUUGCCACCAGACUCAUCAGGGCCUCCAAAGGGAUGUCAAACAAUUCCACCUACAGCGCCUGGUGUCAUGUGUCAGAUGAGAUGUACUCCAGAGCAGACGCCCACAGGUCGUUAGGAGCCGCGUUUCAGGAAGAAGUAAAUCUGGAGCUACGACAAGUCCUAGACGAGCAUAAUAAGAGGAAGAGGCCUCUUGACCGAGUCAUUGAACGAACUGGAAAGCUGGUUACCGCUAACUGGAAUGAACAACUCAAGAUGAAAAAGAAACUGAACGGUCUGACAAGAGAACACGAGGCUUUGUUCAAUUUUGUAGAGAACAACAAACACAUCUCCACAGAAAAGGAGAAACAAAAGAUGGUUAACAGGCUGACGAAGUCGGCAGAGAUGCAGGUUCGAGUGGAUGAGGAGUACUUUGGCGUAAACAUGGACGGACAUCAGCUCAGACUGAAGUGGGAAAAUACACUGAAGGCCUGCUACCAGAUUCUACAGGAGCUGGAAAAGCAGCGAAUUGAAGUUCUGUGCAACAUGCUGAAGAAAUACAGCCUCCACAUGUCCAGUCUCGGUCAGACCCUCAAACAUGGUCAAACACAGAUAGUACAGCUGGUCCAAAAGGUGGACAUGGACGCAGACAUAGAAGUCUUAGAAGAGGAAAGCAGAACGGCAGCUGACGAUAACAAAGUGGAGCUUCUGAUGACAGAUUAUUUUGAGGAGGACAGCAAAUCACUUAUGAGCAAAGACAGGAGAGGAGAAGCUAUAAAACACAAACUCCAACGACUACAGGACAACAUAACAAAAACAAGGAACGACCGUGAAGGAAUUGAAAAACUGAUAAAAACAUACUCUGAAAAUCCUUCAUUUUCCAACCACAAGAACCUGGAGGAAGCAGAACAGCAGCUUGAUGAGAGCACUCUAAAACUGGACCUCCUGGAGGCGACUCACUGCAAACUCACUGCAUCUUUGUCUGAACUGGAAAGAAAACCCAAGAACUCUCACAGAUUUACUGACAACAUUGUGAAAUGGAAAGACAGGGACUGUGAGCACAGCGUUGUUCAACUGAGCCGUCCGAUCAAACUAAGGAGGACAGGAGUGAGGUCGCGACAGUCCCUAAGAGCUUCCAUCAUUUACAGAGGACCUGUUCAGUUUGCCACGCAGCAGACUGAGAGGCCUUCGGCCGGCGCCACUGAGCAGGUCAGCACCUCAGCUUCCACACAUGGAGGCGAAGGCACAGCAUGUGCAGACGCUCCUGACGAAACCCUGCCUCACAGAGGUGGUGACGUUAAAGAAGGUAACAUUUCUAGGUCAAAGUAAAUCAGAGCUGUCCAGUGUCGGGAAGUGCAAGGCCCUAUACAACUUCACACCUCAACAUGAUGAUGAGCUGCCUUUAACAGAGG